GGGGCGAGGGGCAAUUCCUGGGCUGGAUCUGACAUCUGACUCGUUCCUACGAGGGACUCGGCAGCCGGGGCGCAGCAAUGCUGGGAAACCAGGGACGGAUCAUGUCUCCCGCUGACCCCGUGGCUCUCAGCAUCUCCUCCGAGGCUCGGCCCCUUCAGCAUCACUCUCUGUUUACACUGCUGACAUAGGGGGCUCCCAGCUCCUCGUCCUCCUCGUUAUCAGUGACUCCCAGACUGUGCUGCAAAUACGGGGUUAAUGCCGCCGUCUCCUCUUCUUCCUCCCACAGGGGCAUCUGCUGUUUAUUUGGAGUUGGCAUGAAUCCCUGGCUUAUUACUCUGCCCUACAGGUGGGCUCCGGAUCCCCUUUGCCCCUCGUCUGGGCUAAAACUACGGUAAUUCUUCCCCCCUUUUCGCCGGAUUUGCCAAAUUCUAUUUCAUUUUUCUAAUUAAGGGAUUUGCCGCCCCGUGGGACUGAUAAUGGAUUGAAAUGUGGAUAUAAUUCCCACCGGGAUUAAGCCAACAUCUGCCGGAUCUUUUUUUUGGGGGGGGGGGGGGAGGGUGGUGCUGGUCCGAGUUCCGUUCAGUAUUGAUACGUUUCCAUUUGUUCCAGGAAUGCCGGGCAACUUGCCCCGAUAUCCGGCACUGCGUUAGGGGGGGAUUGUGUUUAGACGAACGCCGGACCCUAAAAUCACGGUAUGUAAAAAAUGAAAACCCAAAAAGGGGACUGACCCAAUCCGGUUGGAUUACAAAUUGGAGGUUGAGUAGGAUGUGAUGGGAAUGGACGGAACCUUUGGCCGGCAUUGACUGUUCCGACACUAUGUGACUGGAGCGCAGGGUGCCGCGGGAUUUGGACAUGUCUAGGUCUAACAGUGUGAGCCCACCGGGAUUUGGGGUCCCCGUGCUCCGAGCGGGGGCGGAACACCGAUCAGCCUGGGGAGAGUCGGAGUCCAGGGCUAAUGGCUUCCCCUAUUCCAGCCGAUCCUCCAGAAAGAAGACCUCUCGGAUGAUGGGUUUGUGGCGGAGCGACGAGGACUACGAGCCACAGCAGGGGAACCACUCUUCUGGAGACGGCAAGGUGGGCUUCAAGUCCAAGUCUGCUUGGCAAGACCAAGGGGAAGAAGUCCGGAACAACAACAAACCCAACCCGCCCGGCCAGAAGCCUCAGGACACAGAGGUACGGCCCAAAUCCGUGGAACUUGGCUUGGACGAAAAGAAGGGCAAGUUGAAGGAGGAAUGGGUGGACAACGGGUCGGAAUUGCACUUCUCGGUGGGGUCGUGCUGCAGCGGCGUCCUGCAGAUCUUCAGGUCCAAGAAAUUCCAGUCGGACAAGCUGGAGCGGCUCUACCAACGCUACUUCUUCCGGCUGAACCAGAGCAGCCUCACCAUGCUCAUGUCCGUGCUCAUUCUGCUCUGCCUGGUCAUGUUGACGUUCCACUGUGUUCUGGAGAACUACCAUGUGGCCUACGUGGUGGUCCUGUCCGUGGCCAUCCUCAUCAUCAUCGUGCUCAUAGCCAUCUGCAACCGCAGCAGCUUCCACCAGGACUACAUGUGGAUCAGCUGCUACAUUGUCAUCCUGGUUCUCUUCAUGGUACAGAUUGUUGGGGUUCUGCUGCUCAGACCCCGCAGCGCCUCCGAUGGAAUCUGGUGGACCGUUUUCUUUAUCUACACCAUCUACACCUUGUUACCCGUCCGUAUGAGGGCUGCCGUGAUCAGCGGGAUUAUCCUAUCAGUCAUCCACCUUGCCAUCUCCAUCAAGUCCAAUGGCGCCGACGAGUUCUUAUUCAAGCAGAUCACUUCCAACAUCCUCAUCUUCUCCUGCACAAACAUCGUUGGGAUCUGCACUCAUUACCCGGCCGAGGUUUCCCAGAGACAAGCGUUCCAGGAGACCCGCGAGUGUAUCCAGGCCCGACUGCACUCCCAGAGAGAGAACCAGCAACAGGAGCGACUCUUGCUGUCCGUGCUUCCACGCCACGUUGCUAUGGAGAUGAAGGCCGACAUUAACGCCAAGCAGGAAGACAUGAUGUUCCAUAAGAUUUACAUCCAGAAACACGACAAUGUGAGCAUCCUCUUUGCAGAUAUAGAGGGGUUCACCAGCCUGGCGUCUCAGUGCACCGCCCAGGAACUGGUCAUGACUCUAAAUGAACUGUUUGCCCGAUUCGACAAACUGGCGGCUGAGAAUCACUGCCUGCGGAUAAAGAUAUUGGGGGACUGCUAUUACUGCGUGUCGGGGCUGCCGGAGGCUCGGGGGGAUCACGCUCAUUGCUGUGUGGAGAUGGGGCUGGAUAUGAUCGAGGCGAUAUCGUUGGUGCGGGAAGUGACCGGGGUAAAUGUGAAUAUGCGCGUGGGAAUUCACAGCGGCCGCGUUCAUUGUGGCGUCUUGGGGCUGCGAAAGUGGCAGUUUGAUGUUUGGUCGAAUGACGUGACGCUAGCCAAUCAGAUGGAAGCUGGAGGCAAAGCCGGUCGCAUUCACAUCACAAAGGCGACGCUGAACUAUCUGAACGGGGACUACGAGGUGGAGCCGGGCGCCGGGGGGGAGAGAAACGCGUAUCUAAAGAAACACAACAUAGAAACCUUCCUGAUCGUGCGCUGCAGCCAGAAGCGGAAAGAAGAGAAAGCGAUGAUUGCAAAGAUGAACCGACAGCGAACGAACUCCCUGGGGCAAAACCCAGUCCAUUGGGGCAUCGACCGGCCCUUCUACAACCACUUGGGCUCAAACCAGGUCUCCAAGGAAAUGAAAAGGAUGGGAUUUGAAGACCCUAAAGACAAGAACACACAGGAGAACAUGAACCCAGAGGACGAGGUGGAUGAGUUUUUGGGUCGAGCUAUUGACGCGCGGAGCAUCGACCGGCUGCGCUCUGAGCAUGUGCGGAAGUUUCUCCUCACCUUCCGGGAACCCGACCUGGAGAAAAAGUAUUCCAAACAGGUGGAUGAUCGCUUUGGGGCGUAUGUCGCUUGCGCCUUCCUUGUCUUCCUUUUUAUCUGCUUUGUUCAGAUCACCAUUGUGCCACAUUCCACCUUCAUGUUGGGCUUUUAUUUGGCCUCGUUCCUGAUCCUCACGACUGUCCUGAGCGUCUCCCUCAUCUACUCCUGCAUCAGGCUUUUCCCAUCCCCCCUUCAGACCUUGUCCAGAAAGAUUGUCCAGUCCCGAGCGAACAGCACCGCCGUGGGGAUCUUCUCCAUCAUCCUGGUCUUUCUCUCCUCCUUUAUUAACAUGUUCCUGUGCAGCAACGUGAAUCUGCGCAACUGCGUCGCCUCCGAAUCUGGGGUCCCCGCGGCCAACGUGACCCCCUGUCUCCUCAGGAACCUGUCCCAGAACUACAGUCUGGCCACUCCCAGCGGGUUCUGUGGGGAUCCGGCCCCCAACUGCAACUUCCCCGAGUAUUUCACGUACUGCAUCCUGCUGAGCCUCCUCGCCUGUUCCGUGUUCCUGCAGAUCAGCAGCAUCGGGAAGCUCAUCCUCAUGUUCAUCAUUGAGUUGAUUUAUGUCCUUAUUGUGGAGAUUCCGCAGGUCGUGCUCUUUGAUAACGCGGAUCUGCUCGUUGUGGCCAAUGAUAUCCAAUGGGCCGGUUCCGAACUCAACUGCACGGGGGGGGUUCCCAGGGUUCCCCUGAAGAUCGUCACCCCCAUAAUCCUGACGGUGUUCGUGUUGGCGCUGUAUCUACACGCCCAGCAGGUGGAGUCGACGGCGCGGUUGGACUUCCUAUGGAAGCUGCAGGCCACGGAGGAGAAGGAGGAGAUGGAGGAGCUCCAGGCCUAUAACCGGCGGCUGCUGCACAAUAUUCUGCCCAAGGACGUGGCGGCGCAUUUCCUGGCGCGGGAGCGGCGUAACGACGAGCUCUAUUACCAGUCGUGCGAGUGCGUCGCCGUCAUGUUCGCCUCCAUCAGCAACUUCUCCGAGUUCUACGUCGAACUGGAGGCCAAUAACGAGGGCGUCGAGUGUCUGCGGCUCCUCAACGAGAUCAUUGCCGACUUCGAUGAGAUAAUCAGUGAGGACGAGUUCCGGCAGUUGGAGAAGAUCAAGACGAUCGGCAGCACCUACAUGGCGGCCUCGGGGCUCAAUGACUCCACCUACGACAAGGCGGGGAAGUCACACAUUAAAGCGCUGGCCGACUACGCCAUGAGAAUGAUGGACCAGAUGAAAUACAUUAACGAGCAUUCCUUCAACAACUUCCAGAUGAAGAUCGGGCUGAACAUCGGGCCAGUAGUCGCGGGCGUCAUUGGGGCGAGGAAGCCACAGUACGACAUUUGGGGGAACACCGUUAACGUGGCCAGUCGGAUGGACAGUACCGGGGUGCCUGAGCGAAUACAAGUGACGGCAGAUCUCCAGCAGGUCCUGGCAGCCAAUAACUACAAGCUGGAGUGCAGGGGCGUGGUUAAAGUGAAGGGCAAGGGGGAAAUGAUGACCUAUUUCCUGAACCAGGGGCCCUCCAGCAGUUAGCCGACACGGAGAGACUCUGCCCAGCGAGAGGCAUUUGUAUUUCCCAUUCCGAGGAUUCCGACAGCCAAAACCCCGCCCCCAAGGGUGGGCGGGGCCAUUCCUUAAAUGACCAAAGAUAUCACAUUGAGCGGAUUGAGGACUCGGAGACUUUAUUUAUUUAUUGAUAUUUUCCUCCAUGGAGGAACCCAAGGAAUGUAUCAUGGCGGCACUUUGCACGCGGUUUCCACGGAUAUUUAUAUAUUUACUAACGAUAACGUGGCCUUUGUGGAUAAAGUGUCAGCGGACUCGUUACCCCGCCGGUGGGACGUCGGUACAAUUAUGGAUUAUUAUGUCGCUUCCCCGACACCCACGCGGCAACGCGUUAGCGACAGACCGGACGCACGUCCUGAUUUUGUACAUUUUAUCUUUUUUUUUGUAAUAUCCGAGUGUGAAACCAACGAAACCACAGAUUCUAUAUUUUGUACAUUGCGAGCGGCGUGACCGACCCACACUUGGCGGUAUCAGUGCAAUAUACAGCGCCGCCGACUAAACUGUUAGAUAUCUUCCCCUUUAAUUUGCCAUCACUAUCGGGGAGAAACUUGUUACCUGGGGUUUCCAUUGUUAGCCUACAAUUCCCAGCAUCCCCACACAGCCUUUGGGGGUGGGCGGGGCCUCGCAGUAUGGCUGCUGUAUAUCACUGGUACAAACCGGCCAAUCCUUGGUAACGGGCAGGUAGAUAUCGGCCCUGAUUGGCUCCUUUAUAGUAAUAUUCACAGCCCCCGCCGCCCCACUGCCUGUGCACUUUGCUUGCCGCUGACUCCUCCCAAAUAAACCGCCUUGGUUCUGUUAUUUCAUUGGUCGGUUGGUGCAAUAAAGAUUUCCCACACAUU